AAUCAACAUACUUUGCAUGCCAAUUGGCACAUAACAGCAGCACAAAUAACGUUGUAUUUAGUUAUAUACCUUUUCAUACACUUGCCAAUUUGUGUGUUUGCAUUCACUAUUUGUAUUUACUUCUAUGUUUAUUCAUGUAUUAUCUGUUUUUUUAUUCAGUCUUUGUCAUUCAGUUGCACUAUAGAAGCUUCUGUCACGAAAACAAUGUGUGAUCAUACCUGGCAUUAAAGCUCUUUCUGAUUCUGACUCCAAGGAAAGGCCUGAACCGGAAGUGAUCUGACCUAUUUUACAGCCGUUUCUAGCACCAAAACGGCAUUUACAAAAUUAAACAUACGUAAAUCAGUAUUAUCGUGCCCUAAUAAGCGGGAUUUCAUCGACUAUUCAGUCGCAGUACACAGUGUACAGAGUGGUAAAUUAUUAUUCCCUUUGGAAACGCAGACAAUAACUCAUUUUCCAGAGCGGAAGUGUCCUGAUCUGAUAAGGGUUUCCGUUAAGGUGCAACUGUUCCUUGUUAUUAUUAAAUUCAUAUUUCUCCCCAGUAAGACUUUGUAAUACUUCGGUAGCUGCUUACAUGAUUGAGAAAUAGUUUGAAAAUUGAUUUCAAGUCCUGGCCUGCAGUUUGAAUCCCGUGUGUAACGCCGCCACGCGUUUCUUUCCUCAGGGAAAAGUGUUGGAAACUUUCCUCGCGGCGCAACAAACAGGAAAAGAGUGGCAGCGUUACGCACAGAGGGAAAAUAUUCCAGCUAACACUCCGCAAACCGGGCGGUAUUUCCUCGUCCUGACUGGAUGAAAGGGGUCCAGCCCUCAUAGGCUUCCUUUCUCCCUCCAUCCAUCCAUCCAUGCGCACCAAGGCGAUCUUUCAGCGGGAGUUUGACGCGUGAUCUCCGGGGAGCCGUCAUCACCGCCAACUUUUACGCGCGUCCUUUCGCUAAAUGUUCAAGGAAUGGAAAGUAUUCUUGUGGAAUUAUAAGCUCGGGGUCAAACGGGACAGAAGCAGAUAAAGUUGGAAGUCUUUGAAUUCCGUGGCUUGGUGUAUAUAUACGGCGUCAACCUGUUCUCUGGAUCCGAGGACGCGCGGCGCUGCGGUGGAAACUCCGGGUCCAUGUGGCGCUUCUGGGUCGCGGAUCAGCGGACGGUUGGGUUCCAGAUGAUGUGGCUGCUCGUGUGCUCCUUCAUCGCGGUGUUGAGUGGUGAGAAUUACCCCACACAGGCCCAGGUGAUGUCCUCCAGAGUCAUGAGGGCUUCAAACAUACGCAGCAAUGACUUGUACCGGAAGGAAGAGGUCAUAAUGAUCAAGGGCGGAGGUCACGUCCAGAGCCCGCGCUUCCCCAGCUCGUACCCGCGCAACCUGCUGCUGUCAUGGAAACUACUGUCGCCGCCGCACACACGCAUCCUGCUGGAGUUUGAUGCUCAGUUUGGACUGGAAGAGGCCGAGAAUGGAGUCUGCAGGUAUGAUUAUGUGGAAGUGGAGGAUAUUUCUGAAACCAGCACCAUCAUCUGGGGCCGCUGGUGUGGUCAAAGAGCUCCGUCACGGAUCACCUCCAAAACAAACCUCAUCAAAAUCACCUUCAAAUCAGACGAUUACUUCGUAGCCAAACCAGGAUUCAAGAUCUGCUAUUCACUUGUGGACAGCUCACCUCUCGCCUCUCUGACCAAUUGGGAAGCAGUUACCAUAAUGUCAGAUGUGGGCGGGACCUCAGGCACGGACACACCCCUGUCUGCAUCUGCGCUGGACGUGGAGAUCUCCAGCAUGAGCACAGUGGAGGAGCUGCUGAGACACAUGAACCCCUUCAGCUGGCAGGAGGACCUGGAGCAGCUCUACACACACACACACUACUACAGACCCCGCGCCUUCCACAGCGACCGCAAACACAAGCUGGACCUGGACCGUCUGUAUGAGGAUGUGAAGCAGUACAGCUGUACCCCGCGGAAUUACUCGGUGAAUUUACGAGAGGAGCUGAAGGCCACCAACGCCGUCUUCUUCCCUCGCUGUCUGCUGGUGCAGCGCUGUGGUGGAAACUGCGGCUGCGGGACCGACAACUGGAACUCCUGCACCUGCAGCUCCGGAAAAACCGUCAGGAAACUGCACGAGGUGCUGAAGUUUUCUCCUGGUGCCAGUUUCUACAGGAAGAAAAGCAGAGCGCGGUGGACUCUGGAGGAGAUUUACCUGCAGCAUCACGAGAGAUGUGACUGUGUGUGUCAAUCCAGACCACCACGAUAAACACACACACACUAGAGUCCAAACCACCACAGUGAAUACAUACAUACAUACAUACACACACACACACAGAGUCCAGAUCACCACAAUGAAUAAAUAUAAACACACACAACACACACAUAGUCCACAUAAUCAAGAUAAACUCACACA